AGCGCUAAUUUCAGUGACAGGGACGCUUGAGUUCUUUUGUGAAAUUGCUCGAGUUGAUGUAGCAUAUCUUCCUAAAAUAAUGUAGGUAUAGGCAUCUGUAGGAUAAUGUCUCUACAGUUCCAAGCCAGAAGCAGGUUUCUUGAAUUACAUCUUUCAACCGGUCUCAAUGACUGGGAUAUGAAUGAGGAGAUCAAGCUCACCACAACAACUGAUCAGUUUUAUCAAGACAAUAAAUGGAAUGAUCAGUAUAUUGUUCAGUGGCACUAUGCGAGAAUAUCAAGACGAAAGGAGGACAUCAUGUGUCAAAAUACUCAUAAAUCAGAAACUCAAGUACAGCCAAAUUUGUGGUUGAUGGUCAAUCCCAACCUUGCCUGCUCAAUCGAGUACCCUAAAGUUUCAAAGCUUCCUUCAUUACCAAAGAUGCUAAAAACUAGACCCAUCCCUCAGUCUAUGGGCACUACUGUCCAACCAAGACGCAUAAAACAAGAAAUGUCGCCCAUUGAUGAUGCUUGUCUGGAGGAUUCUCACCAGGAGGUUGCAUCAUCCAGUGAAUACAUGCUGACAGAUGAGGAUGACGCCUCUUCAGUGGAUGUCCCCAUUUAUCGGAAAGCCAAAAGCACCAGAAAGGGGAAAGUACCCACCAAAGCUGGUAUGCGAAAACUCAGUCUGGCCCAGAACAAGCGUCUCCAGAGAGUUCUGCAGGAUAGCAAUAACCUCAAAUCAGGAGCCUGGCCACGACCACCUGUCAAUUACUGUAUCCUCAUCGCCAUGGCCCUGAGUAGCAGUCAUGCAGGAAGCCUCAAUGUCCAGCAGAUCUACAACUUCACAAGAGAGCACUUCCCAUUCUUCCAGACUGCCCCAGAUGGCUGGAAAAACACCAUUCGACACAACUUGUGUUUCAGCAGCAGCUUCAGGAAGACCCCCCAGCAGGUUUGCAGUGAGGGCAAGAGGAAGUCUUGCCUGUGGCACCUCACCCUGGAUGGGCACAGGAGACUGAGGGACGAGAUCCACACGCUCACUGGGGAUUCCUUCAGAGUGCUGAAAAGGAGCAUGAACGACCCUGACAUGAUUCGAACGUUGUUUGAGCUUUGA